UGACAAAUAUAUUUUCCACGUUUUUGUGGUCCUUCACUAAUUUCAUCUUUGAACAUCCUUGGGAUGACUUGAUUUAAUAGUAUUAUUCCCAUCUUUUUGCAAAAUUGUUUUUCCCCACUACUUUUCACUAUUUUGUAAUGUCUUUUCUCUUCUGUCACUCAUCUAUGUAUAUUACACACAUUUAUGUUUUAAAUUGGUGCUGACCCGUAUGUGAUUACCCAUUCUCUGCUAAAUUUUUUUUUUUUUUUUGCUUUUUUUUAGCAAUGGGACUAUCUUUACUUCAUAAUGAAACCCAUUCCAUUUUGGGGGCCACUCUACUUAUUUAAAAAGUUGUUCUUCAUCAUGAGCCCAAACUUUCUCUAAUUUCUAAUCAUGGGUCCUUUUGCCCUUUAGAGUAACAAAGAGUAUGUCUAAUUUAUCUUCUGCAUAAUAAUCCCUUUUUAAAAUUCAAAAAUAGCUAAAAUGCCUUUUUCCAUAAUAAUCUUUAGUUCUUUCAACCUUCCUUAUCCCAUCUGAUUUCCUUUGAAUUCUAACUAAAAUUCCAUCUUCUACAGAAACCUUUCCUAUUCCCUCUCAAUUUUAAUGCUUUCCCUCUUUUAAUUACUUAUUUAUCCUACGUAUAACUUGUUUGUAUAUUUUUGUCUCUUCCAUUAGAUUGUGAGCUCCUAGGAAUCGUCUUUUGCCUCUUUUUUGUAUCCCCAGUAUUUAGUGAUUGACACAUAAUAGGUAUUUAAAAAAUGUUUAUUGACUGGCCAUAUAGAUUUCCUUCCUCUGCGAAUACUCCCAAAUUAAUAUCUGUAAAAUCUAGCCCUCAGAAAGGAACACAGUGCUUGAGAAGUAGUUUGAUCAAUUCAGAGUAUAAAUUUUGUUUUGAACAUUGUAUUUCCAUUAAUAUAGCCUACACUUACAUUAGCUUUGGGGGCUGACAGGUAACCCUUUUGGCUGACAAUGAUUUGCAGACAGCUGAAGAAGUAGGUUUCCUCCAUUCUACAUUAACACAAUUGAAUUGAAAUACACACAUACAUAUACACAUAUAUAUUUUAUUUGUUUCAUAAUUUUCCAGUUCCAUAUAAAAAAAUUAACACUCAUAAAAAAAAAUUAGCUCCAAAUUCUUCCCUUCCCUUCCAUUUCUUCCCUACCCACUGAGAAAGCAAGCAAUAUAUUAAUUACACAUGUAAAGUCAUGCAUACAAAAUACCUUUCCAUAUUAGCCAAGUUGCAAAAGAAAACACACACACAGAGAAAAAUAAAGUACAAAAAAUACAUUUCACUUGUGCAAUUGAUUUUUAAAAUCUAAUUGAAAGACAAAAUUUUUGUUCAUUCUCUACUUAUUAAUUUGCCCACUUUGUGAAACUCACUGUGUCUGAUACUGGGCAAAAAUGAGUAAGAUAUGCAUGCAAAUACCUGCAUAUAUCCUGAAGUUGUGGGCAGCGACCUUUAUGUUUUUCUAAAAGCAAGCUGUAUAGAGUUGGCAGCAGGCAGAGUCCUUCCCCUGCCCCACAAGUUCCCUGGAGUAAGUCCUCAUAUGGAAUUAUCUAAAGAGGUAAUGGUUGAAGUAGGCAUGGAUAAGAUCACUAAAGUGGGGCAAGAAGAGAGUCUUAGUGGAUGAUGACAUUAUAGCUUUAGGAAGAAAUGCGAAUAGAGAAGCAAGGAAAGGUAGGCCAAAAAGACAGUACUAGAGAGGGCAGAUUCACAUAAGCCAACGGUAUGAAACAGCCUUAUGUGUUUCAGAAUAGUCAUGCAGAACGAGGACAUAGAAGAGGCCAUUGUUUGGCAAUUAAUUUUUAAUUACAGAUCUUUGGGUGAGUAAUUUCUAUAGCAUGGUAAGAACCAAAGCCACAUUACAUUAAGUUGAAGAGUGAGUAGGUGGUUAGAGGUGGAGGCAGGGAAAGUAGACUACUUUUUCCAGAAGUCUGGCAUUGAGGGGGAACUGUAGUUCUUGGAGUGGAUAAAAGCAAAAAAGAAGUUAAUCGUGCUUGCCUUAAUGUUAAUAAUAUGCUAACAGGGAUGAUAACAAGGUGUUAAAGUAACUGUAAAAAUUCAGGCCAUGCCAGAUGAUUCCUUUAUGAGGUACAAAUAAGUACCUGAGUGAAUCAGAAGGGAGCAACCAUGCUAGAGAAGCCACACCUCAGGGUGACUCUUUAAAAAAAACACAGUCCAGUUAGUUUAAGGCACCCCAGGCUUUCUGAUAGCUGCAGUGGAUAGAAUUCUGGGCUUGGAGUCAUAAAGAUUUGAGUUUAAAUCCAGUUUCAGAUAUUUACUAGCUGUGUGAACCAUGGCUGAGUGCCUCAGUUUUCUCAACUGUAAAAUGAGGAUAAUAUUUAUCUUAUAGGAUUGUUGAAGAUUAAGUGAGAUAAUAUUUGUAAAGUGCUUAGCAUGGUACCUCACACAUACUUAAUAAAUAUUUGUUCUCUUCCUUUUUUUGUUCUCAAUAGCAAGAUUACUUAGGCAGAUGAGACAGAAGGAAUAUCAGGAAAGAAGCAGUGUUACUGAUCCAUAAGGAAUACAUAUAGCUAAGAAUACUUAUCCAGCUCAGGGUGGACUGACUGCCCACUCUUUCCUUCUGCUACUAAGAGACCUUACUGGAAGAUCCUCUGAGCCCCUGCAGCACCUUACAUUUUCCAAAGAAUCCCUGAACCAUUCAGGGCAAUCCAAAUAGAUGUCUGCAUUCACUCUCUCUUUAGGACAAGUAGGUUAACUCUAACCAUAACUCCACCCAAAGAUGGCAAACCUGUAUUUCCCUUUUCCCUUGGGUUCUCUAAUGGAAGCUUUUCCAUAGGAAAAUCUGUUUGUCUUUCUAUAUUUUAAAUAUUUUAAGAAGAGAGGAAAAAAAAUUAGCUUUGCUCUCCUUGGACUGGUGGCACCUAGCCAUAAACACAAGAGAGGUACAGAUCCUUAUAUAUAAUUUCCUAGAACAGGUAUGUAAUGUUUAUAUUGAGAAAUCCAUCUAUACCAGGUGAAUAGUAGGAUAAAGGGGUUAAAUAGAAGUGGUUGAAUAAUCUUAACUCAACCCUAGUAUAAUUAUUUCUAUGCUUUGUUUUUCUUCUAGCGCUGAAUAAAUCUUAAAGUAUUUUUCUUCAGUUUAUAUUUUUAUAAAUCUCAGCUCAUUUGAGGCUUUUAGCCUUCUAGAGAGGAAUCUUUAUUUUAUUAUUAUUUUUUUAAUGUGUGUAUCCUUAUUUUUCUAACUAAUUUCUGAGGAAGCAAAAGUGACAGGACAUCCUGAGGAAGCAAGGGUAAGAUUCAAUUCCACAAUAAUUCGGUGAAAAUUGUCUAUCUUCUAAGGUAUACUCUUUUUCAGAACUUAGAAGGGGUGCUGGGCCGAGACUUAUCUGAAACUACCCUCCUGCAUACACAUAGUAUAAUUUUUGUCUUUUAGUUCAAAAGCAAUUUACCAAACAGCUUCAUGCUCAGUUUAACUCUGACAAUGGUGGAAUAUUUGAAUUCAGGCCUUCUUGGCUGGGUCUCUAUGCGACUAGUAUAGUAAAAUUGAACCACAUUUUUGUAAUGUAGAAAUGAUUUUAUUGGUUAACUAAAACUUACUAUUUAGUGUCCCAUCCUUACAUACUCCAGAUAGGUAAAUCCAAGUACCAGAAAAGAGAAGCAGCCAAUAAUAAAAAAGAUAGGGAUAAGUUGUGGGCACUGAUUGAAGCCCCCACCUCCUCUGCUUUUGGACUGCUGAAGAAGUUUCUCUAUAUUAAUGAAAUCACAGGUCCCAUCCCUCUCCCAUUAGAGGUUUACAAAAUGCUAUGUGAUAUUGGCCAGGCAAGUAUUAUACUCCCCAUUUUGUUAUGGUUCAAUUGUGCUUGGCUUUUCAUGAUUCUAUUGGGGUUCUCUUGGAAAAGAUACCCUAGUGCUUUGCCAUUUUCUUCUCCAGCUCAUCUUACAAAUGAUAAAACAAAAUCAAAUGGAGAUAAAUGACUUGCCGGGAGUCAAACAGUUAGUGACACAAGAAGAUGAGUCUUUCUGACUCGUGUCUUUCUGAUUCCAAGCCUUGUGCUCUACCUACUGUGCCAUCUAACUGCUCAAAAUUCCCCAUAAAGAAACUGAGGCUAAGUGAUUAAGUGGAUUAUUUAAGCUUAUUAUCAGAGCUGAGCUCAGGAAUAGUUUAUCUAAUUAUUAUCAAUGAAUUAAAAUUACAACUUACCCACUUUACAUGUAUGAAUGUAUAAUACUCUUCUAGUUGAUUUCUUUUAGAUUAUUGUAGCUUACUAUUUUUCUUUAUGUUUCUAUGUUAUUUUAAUAGCAAAUGUAUUCUAUUAUAUUGAUAUGCCACAACUUGUUUGGCCAUUUCCCAAAAUGGUACAUAAAGAUUAUUUCAGAUUUUUCACCAAUAAAUAUCUUUGUAAAUAUAGAGUUUCAAAAGUUUUAGGGCAAUUUUAAGCUUUAGGACUUUUUUUUUUUUUUUUUUAAGCUAUCUUUGAGCACUGGAGAGUUAGAAAGGACUUGCGGGUCAACAACUGAUGUUCAAGAAUUUUCCUCACAACAAACACAAUUAACCUGGUCAUUCAUCAUCUUUUUCUUGAAGAUCUCCAGGGAGGGAAAACUUAUGUUCUUUCCAAGACAAAUCAUUUUAUUUUUGGAUAACUCUAAUAAUUACUUAGUUUUUUCUCAAAUUGAGACUAAAGUUUGAAAAGAAUGAGAAUAUACCAAAGACAUUUUUUUUGCGAUGAGGACCAAAUGAAUUCAGGAAUUUGAAAGUAUCUCAGUAGUCUUCACUAGCCUUUGUAAUAUGUAAGGAAAGGUAAUAAUACAAUAAUAAUAAUGGUAGCCAACAUUUAUAUAUUGCUUACUCUUUGCCAAGCCCUGUGCUAAAUGCUUUAUAACAGGCUCAAAUAGAGAGUAUAUUUUGCUUUCUUCAGUCCUUAUUUAUGUAUGCUAGACAAAUGCUAGUACUUUUUUCAUUGCACUCAUCUUCAUCUCCCUGUUGGAUGACUGCUGUUCAGGAAUGCUGAAAUAAGGCAUAGCUGGAUAAGAUGGCUAUUUGGGUCUCUUCCAACUCUGAAAUUAUGUGAUUCCAUUACAAGUUAAAGAAUUUGCAGUCAUCUAGCCAUGACAGCACUAAAACAUCUAUAUGCCUCAUAUAUGAAUGUGUAUAUAGAGUAUGUGUAAAUGUGUAUAUACACACACAGGUGUAAUUUCCAGUAGGUUUUUAGUCUGUCUUUCCCUGGCCCUUUAUGGAAUAUAAUUUUUACUACAUUGUAGUCCGAAAAGGAAGCAUUUACUAUUUCUGCCUUUUUGCAUUUGAUUGUGAGGUUUUUAAUGCCCUAAUACAUUGUCAAUUUUUGGGUAAGUGUGUAAUAUGCAACUUGUACUGCCGAGAAAAAGAUGUAUUCCUUUCUGUCCCUAUUCAAUUUUCUCCAUAGGUUUAUCAUAUCUAGGUUUUCUAGGAUCCUAUUAACCUCCCUAGUUUCUUUCUUGUUUAUUUUGUGGUUAGAUUAGAUUUGUCUAAUUCUGAAAGGGAAAGGUUCAAGUCCCCCACUAGAAUAGUUUUGCUACUUAUUUCUUCUACACAGAUAUAUAUGUAAAUGUGUGCAUGUGUAUGUACGUAUAUAUCCACAUGUGACACACACAUAAUAUAUUCCUCCCCACUCAAGACAUGGGAUAGAUACUAUGUAGGCAAAGCAAGUUUGUAACCAUUUUCCCCUCAACAUACAAAACCAAUACAUUUCUAGUCCCAAAGUCUCAGACUUAAAUCUGUAGGGAUAGGAAAUGGUAUUCAAUUUAAAGAUUUUCCCCAAGAAAAUAUUCUUUGGCAGAAGCCUAUUGCUAAGUAUUCUUUUGUAGUAUUCAGGGGACUGAUAAAAGUAUCUAUGGUUUUCAGGGCAAAUUUUCAGAUUGUACACAUAGUGGAACAACUGUUUGCCAUUUUUAGAAUGUGCCUUGAACGCCAGGACUUUGGGGGAUAAAUGAUAUGACCUAGGGUUCAAGGUUUCUCUACUAGAAAUUCUUCACUCAUAAUAUUCAACCCUGUAUACCUGCUCCUAGAGAAGUAAAUGACCAAAAAUAGUUUUGCAGUCUCUUCUAGAUAAUCCUCAUUGAGUAGGAUUCUCAAAACCAGACUUUUAAUUCUCUUGCUUUUCAGAAACAAAUAAAGCUGGGCAUCAUAGACUCAAAGUGAUCCAUAUGUCAAAAAUGGGAGAGUAGGGGUGAGGGAGAUAAAAUAUCAGCUCCUUACACUAUAUUAGGGGCCUGGCAGCCUUGACCUUAGAGAAGUCGGUUAGCGCUGGACUCCUCCAGCUGUCCAGAAACCCACCAGUCUUCCUCCUUUUCUUCCUUCUCUUUGCCUUUCCCUUUCUUCUUUCUACCUUUCUCCUUCUUCUUCCUCUUCCCUUUCCUUCUACCCCUUCCUCCUUUUUUCCCCUUCCCUUUUCUUUAUCCUCCUCCCUCCAUCUCCCUUUUCUGUCUUCUUGUUCAUUUUCUCCUUUCCCUUUCUGUCUCAUUUCUCUUCCUCCCUCUCCUUCCCGUCUCUUUCAUCUUCUUCCACUUCCUGCUGCAAAAGCCCCCCAGCUGGAUUUAAAAAAAAAAAAAAAAAGAAAAAAAGAAAAGAAAAAAAGGAAGAUCAUUAAUUAAGGGACUAGUAGGGUGGGAUAGGGAGCUCUCCGCAGCCCGGGGUAUGGGGAGACAAAGGAAGCCUGACGUUGGGCGGACCCCUUCCAUCCUUCCCUCCCACUCCCCGUAGUUUUACCGUCCCCUGAGUCCGCAGAGGAGCCAGCGGUCAAGGUGCUAGGCGAGAGCGCAGCCCGGGGCUGGGCACGAGGAGCCCACGCACGCCGGGCGCACGCACCUCGACCCAGGCGAGGCGGGCGGGGAAGCCCCUCUCCCCGGAGACGCGCGCGCUGAGCGUCCGCGUACCUCCUUCUUCCUUCCCUCCCCGCCGCCCCGCCACUACCGCCGCCGCCGCCGCACCUUACGUUUACCCUUCCCGCUCAGGUGAGUCCUUCCCACGCCUCCCAUUGGCCCAGGCGCCGCCGGCUCGGGAAGGCCAACGCCGACGGGUCUAGUUCAGGGUCUAGGGUGGGCGCGUCACUUCCGGUAGCGCGGAGCUUGUAAAACACCCAGGAGAGAAAAUGGCGGCUGCAGCAGCGGCGGCGGCGGCUUCGGCGGCUCAGCAGCUCUCAGAUGAGGAGCUUUUCUCCCAGCUCCGCCGUUACGGCCUGUCUCCCGGCCCGGUGACGGAGAGCACCAGGCCAGUCUACCUUAAGAAACUGAAGAAGCUCCGGGAGGAGCAGCAGCAGCAGCAACAGCAGCAGCAGCAGCAGCAACAGCAACAGCAGCAGCAACAACAGCAGCAGCACCGGACCGGGGGCCGCAGCGCCAAGACGCGGAACAGCAACAACAAUAACACGGCGGCCGUGGGGGCGCCGCCAGGGGUUGGGGCGGCCGCGGCCGCCGCGAGCAUGGGGGGCAGGCCACUCUCGGGUGACCUCUCGUACCUGCGGACCUCGGGGGCGCUCAGCCGCGGCUCGGCCUCAGCCCCUGAUAACCCGCCUGGAGCCGCGGCCGCCGCUGGGGCCACAGCCGCUCCCGCCUCCGCCCUGGCCGCCGCUGCCGCCUGUGGCGGCAGCAGCAGCAGCAAGGUGCUGCUGGGCUUCAGCUCGGACGAAUCGGACGCCGAGGCCAGCCCCAGGGACCAGGCCAGCGGCGGCAGGAAGGAGCGGGCGGCCCUGCAGUACCGCGGCGGACCGAAGCCCGCGCCCCUAGCAGACGGCGAGGCGGGCCCGGGCCAGCCCGCCGAGAGGAGGAAGCCGCACGCGUGGUGGGGGGCCCGGAGACCCGCGUCUUCCCCGGACCCCCUGGGGCCAUCGGGGAGGGAGGGCGCGCCGGAGGAUGCGGAAGAAAGCGGGGACGGCGGCGGCGAGAGGGAGCUGGAGGGUGAGGAGCUGCGCUGGACCAGCCGGCCAGUGAACGGCAACCGGCUCCUCCCCUUCAGCUGCCGGGAGAACUACUCGGACUCGGAGGAGGAGGAGGAGCAGGACGACGUGGCCGUGGCCCGUCCGCUUUUCAGGGACGAUUCGCUGCUCCGGCCCCGGCCCAGGCGCAGCCUCGGCAAAGCCCCCGUGGGCGCCCGGGGGGAGGCGCCGCACCCUGCGGCGGCGGCCGCAGGCGGCGGCCCGGGGAAUGACAGGGCCGCCAGCAGUCUAGACCGGAGGCGGGGUCCAGAGGAGGGAGGGGGAUGCGACCCACUGGACUGCAGCCCCAUUCCCAGAUACCGCCUUACCUCCAAGAAACAGACCCCGCUCCUCCCCGCGCCCCUACCCGACGGGGAGCUGCCCUUGGAUCGCAAAACCAAUAACCACAUCGGAGCGGGGGGCUUCCACCUGGACCCCCCGAGGGUCUACGCCAACAGUCUCCCGCCCAGCCCUCUAAUCGCCGCCGCCUCCUCCCCACCGCUCAGGAUCAAUCACUCCAAUCAUACGGGCUCCAAUCAUACCUACCUGAAAAACACCUACAACAAGCAGAAGCUCUCGGAACCGGAGGAGGAGCUACUCCAGCAGUUUAAACGCGAGGAGGUGUCCACCACGGGGGGCUUCAGUGCCCACUAUUUGUCCAUGUUUCUCUUGACUGCUGCCUGCUUGUUUUUCCUGAUACUCGGACUCACCUACCUCGGCAUGAGAGGUACGGGAGUGUCUGAGGACGGGGCACUCAACAUAAAAAGCCCCUUUGAUGAAACAUUCGAAAAGAUACAAGCAAAUGAAAAAAAUCUCAUGAUGAAUUCAUUAUACAAACUUCACGAUCGAUUGGCACAAGUAGCAGGAGAUCAUGAAUGUGGCAGUUCUAUCCAGAGGAGGCUUUCUGUCCAGGAGGCAGCUGCAUAUUUAAAAGAUUUAGGUCCUGAAUAUGAAGAUGUAUUUAAUACAUCUUUGAAAUGGAUUUUAGAAAAUGGAAAGGAUGUGGGCAUAAGGUGUAUUGGUAAUGGCUCAAAUGAAGACUUGACAAACAUAACUGAUGUGCAAUUCUUGCAAUCUACCAGACCUCAGAUGUCUUUCUGGUGUCGUUUUCGACGUGCAUUUAUUACUGUGACUCACAGAUUGUUGUUGUUGUGCUUAUUGUUGUUGUUGUGCUUUGGUGUAGUGAUGGCCUGUGUAGUUGUGCAUUAUGUGAAAUAUCACUGGACAAAAGAAGAGGAAGAAACAAGGCAGAUGUAUGAUAUGGUGAUAAAGAUUAUAGAUGUAUUACGAAGUCAUAAUGAUGCUUGCCAAGAGAAUAAAGAUUUACAGCCAUACAUGCCUAUUCCACAUGUUCGAGAUUCUUUAAUCCCACCUCCAGACAGGAAAAAAAUGAAGAAAGUCUGGGAUAGAGCUGUCGAUUUCCUGGCAGCAGAUGAAUCUAGAGUUCGUACAGAGACACGAAGAAUAGGGGGUGUAGAUUUUCUGGUUUGGAGAUGGAUACAACCAUCGGCAUCCCGUGACAAAAUCUUAGUGGUACCUUCUAAAGUUUGGCAAGGACAAGCAUUUCAUUUAGAUCGAAGAAAUUCACCACCAAAUAGUCUGACGCCAUGUCUAAAGAUUCGAAAUAUGUUUGACCCUGUUAUGGAAAUAGGGGAUCAUUGGCACCUGGCAAUUCAAGAAGCAAUUUUAGAAAAAUGCAGCGAUAAUGAUGGUAUCGUUCACAUUGCGGUAGACAGAAACUCAUGUGAGGGUUGUGUUUAUGUUAAAUGUCUAUCUCCAGAAUAUGCUGGAAAGGCUUUUAAGGCAUUACAUGGCUCAUGGUUUGAUGGAAAAUUGGUAACAGUAAAAUACCUACGACUAGAUAGAUACCAUCAUCGUUUUCCCCAAGCCCUCACUUGCAACGUUCCCUUGAAGCCAUCAAACAAACAUAUGAACUCUAUGUCUCAUCUCCGUCUUCGGACAGGCACAGCUAAUUCUCAGGGAAGCUCCUGAGAGAGUGUUUCUGUCACUGCUAAGACUAUUAUUCACAGCAGGAGAAUCCCUGUUUGGCUGCCGGUCUUCCUUUUUGUUUUGUUUUGUUUUGUUUUGUUUAAGCUUUUUGUAUGUAAUAUUUUCAUUAAUGAAAACAGGUCUGCUUGAAUGUUCCAGAAAUCUUCAGUUUCCAAAGGGACUUAGAAUAACAUUGAACAAAUAGAACAAUUGCUUCCUGUCAUUUGGGGAGCUCAGAUAAACCAAUGCAUUUAAAGUUUUGCAUGAGGAACAUUGAAUUUAUUAAACAUUUUUCAUUAUGGUGGUUGUACAUUGCAUCAAGAAGUAUUUUAAUAACCACAUACAAGCAUGGUGAAGAGAAGACUUCUUGCAUUUUCAUAGUUUCCUGUGAACUAAUGUUGUGAGUUUUUGUAACCAACCACCUACAUGGUUCCCGAUGACUGAUAGGUAAAGCUGUUAAUUUCAGAAUUUAAUCUUAGGUUUCUGUUCUAUAAGAGAUUGAUUUGCUGCCGCUGGAAUAUGGGGAAAUUUAUUUGGCUUUAGUGGUUGCAUAUUAGUGUGAAGGGAUGCAGAGAUAUUUAAACUGGUUUUUGUAUAUACAUGUAAAUGCUGGUGGUGGCAAAAAUAGUCCUGUUCUGUGAGGAUGUCUGCAUUAAUGCAGUGAAUAAGCUUCCUAUUUUAUUCAUAACCUAAUGUUUUAUAUUAUAUAUAAAUAUAUAUAUAUAUAUAUAAAUAUAUAGGCUGUACCAUCACUUAGGUCAAUCAGCCAAACACCUUAAAGUAUUAGAUACCAGUUUAAAAUAUCUUUUAUAGGUUUUAUAUUAAAAUGUCUGGCUAUGAUUUUGUGUGAAAGUUCUGAUACCAAUUGUAAUGAAAUCAAAUUUAUGUAAGCAAUAAAGAAGCAAUUGGCAGAUACUGGAAAAAUAUUUUGUGAAAGCUGUAUUUAUUAUAACAGGACUGUGACAAAGAACCAUUGGGAUUGAGUCAUUCUCCCAAUCUAUUUAUAAUUUAAUAAAGUCUUAACCACCCAGUUAUCUGUAAAGUUGGAAGCAGUGUACCAUUUUGCAAUAAAAUGUACAUUUGUUUGACAAAUAAUAUUUGCAAUUUUGGGGUUUGAGAGCUGGAAUUAUAGUAAAUGUACAAGUGACAAUUACUUUGUGCCUCAGUAUUAAAAUUCAGCUAUUGAUAAGUUAUUUUAUUGCUGUUGAUAAUUUCUGAGUAAGAAUGCUUGCUGAGCAAAAUUUAGUUGUAUUCUUCUGAUUGGCUCUCCUGAUAUCCUGUUGAUAAGCAUAGCUAUCAAUUCUUCAGAAGGAAUUAUGCAUAGAUAGCAAGCCUGGAAAUACAUGAGUUCUAAUAAUUUUGUUUAAAACUCAGUUAUUUUUUCCUGUUUUUGUAAAUGUGUUGGGUUUGCAGCAUGAACUUGCACAGAUAAUGCACGUUUUCUGGUUAAGUAAACAUGAUGCACACUUCUGCAACACAACCCUAUUGUGCCUUACCUUUGUGCUUUUGUGGGCACCAUGUUUAUGAAGAAUAAAGGUGGAUUUGUUAAUUGAAGAGAAUACAUUUAAAAUUCUCAGUUUACGUCUCAGAUGCUAAAGUGUGAAAAUAUAAAUAUAUAAUAUAUAAAUGAUCUUGCUGUAUUUUAUGUGCAUCAUAGUGAUUUGUUGACUUGAGCUUAGUGACCCCAUCUUGUGACCUGUUGCAAGAAUGAAUGUAAAAAUAGCUGUGGCAUUUUAAAAGGUCGCCUUUUGAUGCAAAUGCAUCUCUCCCUUGCUUCUAAAAUAUAUUUCAUGUAAACAUUGUACAUUUAUUAUUGUAAUAUGUACUAUUAUGCCGCAUAUUUUACCUACAACUGUUUAAGCUGACCAAUGUCCCUUCCUGCAAGACAGAUGGGAAUGUGUAUAAUAACUUAGACAUUUGAGACGUUCAGAUGUUUGAUGUAAUUUGUCACUUGUCCUGUUUAAAAAAAACAAAAAACAUAAAAAGGAAAAAAAAACUCUAAUUAAAAGUUUAUUAGGGGUUUUUACAUA